AUGACUUUCACUGCUAAUGAAACUAGUAACAUCAACCUAAACUGUUUUGUUCGUGGUGGUACUGUCGAUGAUAUUUUUGUCAUAAAUAUUAACAACAAUCGGACUGUUGAGAAUCUGAAAGAUGAGAUUAGAAAUGUUCGGCAAGACUUACAUCAAAGAAACUUCAAUCUAUAUAAAGUUGAUUUUUAUCAACGUAACAAAGAUGUAGUCGAUUCUGUGAAUGACAUUGAAAAAGGUCAAGGAGAAUUUAUGGAAUCAAGUUUUGUAAAUGCUCAAGGGGAAUCAACAGAUUCGCAAAUAGAAAUUUUUUAUUACUUUCCCACUUUGUAUAUGGACAGACUCAGAAAAAAACCUUAUCCUCAAGAUGGUGAAAAAAGUCCUAUUCACAUCCUCAUAUACCACUCUGGUACUGACGACCCCCCAGAAGUAGGCCGGGUUCUACAAAGAAAUGUGGAUGCUCAACGUAAUUUUGGUAUCGAGCAAGUGCAAACGCUUAUUACACCUGAUG